UCCUUUGACCAGGACCGCGGAGUCGGGUCAGACGGACGUCUCACACUCCGCCGGUCUGACGGUACUCGUUGGUACUCUUUCCAGCGAUGGUGGUCGGCGGCGCCGCGCUGGCGCUACUGCUGGCGGCGGCCGCCUCGCUGGCCUGCUUAGAAAUCCCCGACUACCGCGGCUCUCCAUCGGACACGGAGGCGUUCGCCCGCUGGACGCUGGACUCGAGCACAGGCGGCGGAGGCGGCUCGUGCCGAUGCUGCGGCCUCUGCAACGGGAGGACAGAGUGCAGCGCCCUCUCCUACCGACCCGACACGCGGCAGUGCCUCCUCUUCAGCAAGGUGGCCUCCUACAGCAACUUCGAGCGGAGUUUCGAGCAGGGUGGACCAAAGUACUUCAUAAUGCCGGGCCGCUCGGAGCGCGACCAGUUCUGCCGGCAGUCGUCGGACUGUACGGACUCGACCCUCAGCUGCAUCGGCCACAUCUGCACCGACGACCCGACCAUCACCUGCCGGGACGUGCUCACUCUGCGCGGCGGAGACGCUCCUCUGGAGGGGUUCCACUGGGGCGCCAUCACUGGCCGCACACUGCCCCUCAACUGCGCCCUGGACGGCUUCACCCUGCUCAUGAAGGCCUCCGCAUACGGCUUGACCUGGAGCAGCGACAACUGGAAGAGUCACAGUCACCCUCCCGCUGAUCCCCGUCAUGAAUUCCAGCAUGAAGCCUACUCCAUCAUGGCCGAGGCUGAGCUGAUCCGCGACUCGGCCGCAGAGAAGCACUUUCAGAUAAUGCUCAGGGGCUGGUACUCCGACUCCAUGGGCGGUGGCUACUUUGAGGGCCUGAAUAUGACCCUCGAACGGUCCACGCCACUUCUUGCCACCUCCCCUCCCGACCCGGCACUGGUCCUCGAAAUACAGGCGCUCGGAGAGAAGAGUUCCAUCAAUGGAACACAGCAAGUUUGCCACCAGAACAAGUGCCAAUGGACGGUGCAUGGCGUGCUGACAGUCCCCUAUCAACACGGACCCGUAUACCUCCUGACGACAAACACCAAUCCGUACAUAGAAUCAGACACUGGUCCGUUCCACGAUUAUGGCACACUCAUUAACGCGUACGGCGAUCUGCGCUGGAUGUUCUUUUCAUUCGUUUACAAUCAUCAACCCGACUACGUCCAGUAUCACAUCGGAGAGUGAGGCGAUGAAGCUAUGCGCAACACGCGUCGCAUGCCGAUCCGUUUAGUUUUGGCAUGGGCCCUUUUUCUCUCCAAGCAUGUUCUUGAAAUGGAGAAACGACCCUCUACACAGGAAUAGCCUUCAAGCACGGGGAUGCACUCGCCGCUAGUGCCAGCGAUUGGCAAUUAUCGUAAUAGACCCAGCCAUUGCGAAGAUAUUGUGAUCGGAGCAAUUCUGAUAGUUGACUCGGCUGAUGCCAUGAAUCACCCACUUACAUCCAAAUUAGUCAGUUUAGUCAAGGGAUUAGAGAGGUGUUAUCUGACGUUGUUUCCUACAAUAUUUAAGUGACAUUGGAUCAUGCUGUUUCGAAGCAAUUAGCGGCAUUAAAAUUGCUCAAAAGCUAUGCACCUGUGCCUGUAGAAUCGGCUAGAGGAAUAUGGCGUACCACCGCGUUCGGGACAGUCUGUUUACUACGAUCUUCAGCCACCAACCGUCCAAAGACUUGCGCCAAGACACCAGGAUAGCAGACAGUGAGCGAACAGCGUGCCGGGACAGCGGAAAACGCUCCGGGACAGCGGGCGUCUGCAACAAUCACCGACUGUUCCUUCUGUCAUCGCCCGCUCGCAUGCCCCAGCCCCACCCCACAGUGUGCUGUUAGUGAUUGGAUGUCGCCGGCACGCCAAGGAAGACGAGGCGCUAGUUUGACGGCGCGAGUGGAGCGACGAAUGCGUCCUUCGAAGAGACGGUGUCACGCGAUCGGGAAUCACUGCACUGUGUUUGAUGGACAUAAAUCUAUACGCUCAUGAAUUGAGUGACCCGUCUACUAGCGUGAUAGCACACACACACGAGGCUGCCUGUGAUUAGCGAACGACUAGUUUAAAUGUGAGCUGCAAUUGUAUGUGAAAUAAAGUUGCGUAAUUUAUGGGGACACACAAUCUUCAGCACGCUAAGACCCCAAUUCAUCGUUAGUCGUUUUAAAGUAGAACUUUAGAUUGGUUCUGAAUUACAUACUACAUAUGAAAUAAAUGGACCUGUAUGAGAA